UUUGAUGUGCGUGGUUGGUGAUUGUCGUUGUGAAGUGUACGUUUUAAGGCAAAUAUUUUUGCCGCCGGUUUUUGGUCGAUGGUGUGUGAUGAUACCAUCGCUAAGUGAAUGAAGGAUGGCUUCUUGAAGGAUUUGUGUACUCAGCGCCAAUUUGAGUUGUGCGCGGGAAAUUAAAUCAAAAAUUAUAAAAAUUAAAUUGAAGAAGAAAGUUUAAGAAUUUGAUAAUUUGUGUAGUGGCAUUUACCUAUUUAUGUGUAUAUAUGUAUGUAUAAACAAAAAUCGAAUGCUGUAGGUGGGGAAAGGAUCGUCACGAUGUCUCUUAAAGGAAAAAAAUCUUGACCGCAUUUUACUUCAGUGCAAAUUUAUUCCAAAUCCAAAAAAUUACAAGUGUUUCGUAAAGAAGCGUUAUUCGAUUUCCAAAAAGUGUUGUAAUAAAAAAAAAACAACCAACAACAAAAGUGUUUCGAAGCGCUCGCUAGCUGCUAUUGAGCUAAACGAAAGCUCAAGUGUAAAUUACAAUCGAAAAUAAAUUGUACCACCAUUAUCACUUCAACGCAAAAAUGUAUGUCGGUGCACGCAAAAUGCCGACGGCAUGCCGUCACAACGCGCUCAUAUGUGCCAUAAUCGUCGCGUUCGUUCUACUCCUCCGUUCUCCGCCGCCCGUUUCCGCUGUGCAUCGUUACGAUCAAACUCCGGUGGAAGCUAGUCCCUACUAUCGCACCUCCGCGUCGGGUGAAAUGAUAAGCUCAUCCGCGAUGACGAGUGACGCUUUUCCGCAUCACAAUCGCUGUGAACCCAUCACAAUAUCGAUUUGUAAAAAUAUACCCUACAACAUGACAAUAAUGCCCAAUUUAAUUGGUCACACUAAGCAAGAGGAAGCCGGCUUGGAAGUGCAUCAAUUUGCGCCACUCGUUAAAAUUGGUUGCAGUCCCGAUUUGCAACUUUUCCUCUGCUCGCUUUACGUGCCGGUUUGUACGAUACUCGAACAGCCGAUACCGCCGUGUCGUUCGUUGUGUGAGUCGGCGCGCAUUUGUGAAACUCUAAUGAAAACAUAUAAUUUCAAUUGGCCUGAGAAUUUGGAAUGCUCGAAAUUUCCAGUGAAUGGCGGUGAGGCGUUGUGCGUCGCUGAGAAUACAACUUCGUCGACACCGACGCCAACGCGCAGCAUACCAAAGGUGACGACGCGUAAAAAUUACGCAGACGGUCCGCAUCGGAAUAUCGGUUUUGUGUGUCCGGUGCAGUUGAAGACGCCCCAAGGAAUGGGCUAUGGGCUCAAAGUAGGCGGAAAGGAAUUACGCGAUUGUGGUGCGCCAUGCCAUGCCAUGUUUUUCCCUGAAAAAGAGCGCACUGUGCUGCGUUAUUGGGUCGGCUCUUGGGCGGCUGUCUGUGUGGCAAGCUGUCUCUUUACGGUGCUGACCUUUCUCAUUGACUCGUCGCGUUUUCGCUAUCCGGAGCGUGCCAUUGUUUUCCUAGCCGUUUGUUAUCUCGUUGUGGGUUGCGCGUAUGUUGCCGGUUUGGGAGCGAGCGAUUCGGUGGCUUGUCGGGAACCCUUUCCGCCGCCAGUGCGUCUAGGGCGGCUGCAAAUGAUGUCGACAAUAACACAGGGCCAUCGGCAAACCACCGCAUGUACCGUUUUAUUUAUGGCGCUCUACUUUUGUUGCAUGGCCGCCUUUGCCUGGUGGUCAUGUUUGGCGUUCGCUUGGUUUUUGGCCGCUGGCCUUAAAUGGGGUCAUGAGGCAAUCGAAAAUAAAUCGCAUUUAUUUCAUUUGGUCGCUUGGGCGAUACCGGCGUUGCAGACAAUUUCGGUGCUGGCAUUGGCCAAAGUUGAAGGGGACAUCCUCUCCGGCGUCUGCUUCGUUGGCCAACUGGACACACACUCUCUGGGCGUCUUCCUCAUACUGCCACUCUGCAUUUAUCUUUCCAUCGGCGCGCUCUUUCUACUCGCCGGCUUUAUAUCGCUAUUUCGCAUACGCACUGUAAUGAAGACAGAUGGCAAGCGUACAGACAAACUGGAGCGACUCAUGAUGCGCAUCGGCUUCUUUUCUGGCCUCUUUAUAUUGCCAGCGCUCGGCUUUCUUGGCUGUCUCUUCUAUGAAUAUUACUACUUUGACGAGUGGAUGAUUCAAUGGCAUCGCGAUAUAUGUAAACCCUUCUCCAUACCUUGUCCGCAAAUGCGUCAAGAUGGUCUGGAGUCACGUCCCAUUUUUCAGAUUUAUAUGGUGAAGUAUUUGUGUUCAAUGCUGGUAGGCGUAACGUCGAGUGUCUGGUUGUAUUCGGGCAAAACGAUGGUGAGUUGGCGUAAUUUUGUGGAGCGCCUGCAGGGGAAGGAUCCAAGAACGCGUGCUCAGGCCUAUGUUUAGUUAAAUUAAGUUGAGUUUUGGAGUUGCAUAGUUGUUUAAGGAUAUGUGUAGUUAUAAGUGUGAUUGCAAGUGUAUUUGUUUAUAAGUGUAAGCUUGUGUGUAAAAUAUGUAUGCGAAUGAAAAAUGCGCUACGUGAGGUUUUUGUUUUUUUUGUUUGAGACGCGUGCGCUGCUUAAGCUUGACUCAAGCUACAAAUGUUGUUGUAUAAAAGCUAAGAGAUACUGGUACAAGUUUGUAGACAAAUUUUGAGGUUAUCAUUUUCGUUAAAAGCUCAAAGACUUAUUAAGCUUAAUAGUUUUGAGUGGAAACUAAAUUUUGAGUUGAAUUGCUUAGGCGUACUAAUUCAAUUGAUUUUUUUUCUAAUGAGAUUAUUUUGUUUAAACAGCAAGAGCGGAAAGUCAGCAUGUAAUAUUUGUGUAUGAGUGUGUAUAUUUGUGUAUUUUGUUUGAGUAAAAUUUUGAGUGUUUUAUUAGCUCAACUCCGCGUUUAAGUGAUCUUUGUAAAAGUUUUGCGUGCAAAUAUUAAAACAGUGUGUUAAAAAGCUCAGCGAUUUCCAAAUUUUAUAAAACAAAUUAAUCAAAAUAAAUUUUUAAGUACAUUAUUUAUGGAUGAGUAAAUGUAAAGCUUAUUGAGCUUAAGUUGUAUGUAUUAGUUUAUAUGUCAACAGGCAUACGUGUAAGUUGAAACGCGUAACAGAAUAAGAACAAACGCAAAAAAUAGUUUGUAGUUGUUAAAGCUUUACAUGUGCCCUAAAAUGUAGUUUUAAAAAUGUAAGUAAUAAAAUAUAAGAUUAAGGGAAGACAGCUAAAUGGGCAGGUAUGCAGAUUAAGUGAAAUUUCAAAAAAUUCAGUGCAAUUUCGAAAAAAAUAUGAAGAUCAAAUGAAAGAAAAAAUUAUUUAGAAUUAAAAAAAUAGAGUUUUUCUCUAUACUAAAACUACCUUUUUCUAUAGAUAUAAUCACUCGAAUUCUUCAGUUUUCAGCGAAAUUUUCAAGUCGGUUAAUUUUGCGACCCUCUAAUUUCCCACGACCCACAAAUCCAGAGGAAUUUCUAUUUAUGUAACUAGAAGGUAAUGUACUAUCUACUCAGCUAGGCUCCUUGAGCAUACGUGCACUGAUAGAAAUAUAUGCGAGCUUAGUUACUUACACGAUUACUUGAAUUUUUUUGUAACUCAAAAUUUGUUUUAGGUUAAAUUUUUUUAAUUGAUUUGAAAAAAAAAUGCAAAAGACCGCGGGUAAAAACAAUAUUAAAAAUCAUAACUGAAAUCUCAAGGACUAUAAAAAUACCUACGCUUUGUUCAAUUGUGUGAGAAACUAUAUAUUCAGACAAAAUUUUAAAUUGAAUGAAAAGCUGUUAUCAGCAAAAGAGGUUCUAUUAAAACCAAACCCAAUCACAGAGUAUUCCAUGGCCUAUUUAACGCCAUCAACUGUCUUCCCUUAAUUCGUUUAAAAAAUUUAAAAAAAUAUUUCAAAAAAUAUAUAGUAUAAAAACUAUCAUCUACUACCACAAGCAACCAUAAGAAAACGUCCUCCAUGUGCUAAAUACUUAGAAAAUUAACGUAAGUGUAAACGAUUUGUUGAAGAUUAAGAAAAAAAUAAAACCAAAAUAAUUUUAAGCACAAAUUGUAUUUGUAAGCCCUUUCUAGCCAGUAAGCUUGCAUGUUAUAGUUUAAGCCCUAAAACAAAAAUUAUUAAAAAUAGUGGAAAAAA